UCUUUCAACUUUACAGAUGCAUGCAACCUAACGACAAAAAUAAAGAUGCAUGCAAGAUUUCUAGCCAUGUUUUUAAAUUUAUAUGUGAUUUUUUUUUGGAAAAAGUUUAUAUGUGAUUUGUCCCCAUCAAAAAAAUAAUUAUAUUCGCUACUGUGUGCACGAGAAAAUAAACUCACAAAGACAAUGGCAAAUCAUAUGGAGAUACUAUCGUGUUCGUGUUCAAUUUUUCAUAGCUUUAAUCCUAGAUAUGAAUAGAUCCGACGUUUGAUUUAUUAGACGUACGUACAUAGAAGUUAUUUCCGAUAACAUUUUGUUCAACUUGUAAAUAUUCGGUCACUUCGAAUUGCAGCUUUAUAUCUUAAUCAAAUACUAAUAUAUUAAUUCUCCAAAAGCUAAAGAUAAAGAUGCAUGAGCGGGCAAAUGAGUGUUGAGAUGCCAAGAGUUGUUUAAUACGGAAUUAGAACUAAUUACAGACGUGGAGAUUGGGGAAUAUAUACGAAAGAACGCGCAUAUUUAUUUCUAUGUGAUAUAUAAAGUAUUAAAAUGUGUUGUAUGGAAACAAGAAUACUACUAAACUAUAAAUAAUUAAUCUGGUGGGUAGGGAUGCGUUAUUGGGAAUAAUAUAUGCUAACAGUUAGAAAAUCCUAACGUUGUCUUUUCAUGCCCACUUCAGGCAUGCAUGUGUAGUAUAAUGUACUGAGAUAUUUGGGAGAUUUGACCUUUUAAUUUUUUUUUUUUGCUAAAAUAUUUUUUAUUUCCAAACAUUUUGUUACUUUUGUGAUUUUAGUUAGGAUUCUUUACGGUUUAUUUUAUCAGAUCAAAAGUUAUACAUAUCUUCUUAUUUAAUUAAUUACUUGAAAGAUUUUUCAUCCUUUUUGAUAUCAAUAUUUGUUUCACUGAUCCAAUAACUAGUCUAAAUUUGAUACAAAUAACUUAUUUAUGACUUAACUAAUAACUUGAAAGUUUCUUAUAAAUGGGCCUGAAGUAACGUGAAGUUCAUGAAUUAAAUAAUUCGUACUACGAUGGGCCCAUAUAUGAUGGGCUUAAGACUCUCGGCAUCAUUCAGAGGCUUUGAUCUCGUGUGGGACAGACAAAAGUCCUCGAGUGUUAUAAUCGUCCGUCGUUAAAACGCGAAGAACUCAAAAAUGGCGAUCUCUUUCAUGGCUACUUGUCACCUGAAGCAGCCUCACACACCUGAGGAUAAAGGAAGAACUUGUAGUAGAUACACGGGUCAAGCAGUGAGAGCUGUGCCUAUACGUGUGAUAACAGUUGGGAAAAAGAGAGCAGAAGGUGUUCGACUCUUGGUCGAUGAGUAUAAGACCAAGCUUAAACCGUAUUGCUCUUUUGACGAUUCUUUGGUUCGGUCCAAUCCUCGAAAUGCUCUGGAUGUUAGAGCUCAAGUUGAGGAUGAGGAAGUGGCUAUGAUGAAGCUUAUUGGGCCUGAUGAUUGGGUUGUGGUGCUUGACGAGAGAGGCCGUGACGUUGAUUCAGAACAGAUGGCUGAGUUACUAGGAGAUGCAGGCAAUAGUGGAGCUUCGAGGAUAUCGUUUUGUAUAGGUGGAGCUUAUGGACAUGGAAGAGAAGUGAGGAAGAGAGCUAAUGUGACCAUUAGAUUGUCCUCCAUGGUCUUGAAUCAUCAGAUAGCUCUUGUUGUACUUAUGGAACAGCUUUACAGGGCAUGGACUAUUCUCAAGGGGCAAAAUUACCAUCACUGAGGGUGGGGGUGCAUGAAUCUACUUUUUGGGUUCUUCUUUUUUUGCAUUCUCCUGUCUAGAGAAACUACGUUGUUAAAUAUAGCUUCUCCGCUGAUAGUUGUAUCAGAGAUUGUUUAUUGAACGUCAAAUUUUACUUGCUUCUGAUCCAGUUCAUAUUAUAGUCAUCAUUGAGUGGGACGUCUGUU